AUGGAGCAAUCAUUGGGGCUUGCAAAAAUGAUCGAGAGGAUGAAGGAGGAGCUCUUCUCUCCAUCAGCCAACCUCUUCACCCUCCUUCCUGUCUCUGCAUAUGAGACUGCUUGGGUCACCAUGGUGCCUGACCCUGAUGACCCAACUAGCCCAAUAUUUCCGGAGUAUUUGGAUUGGAUCCUACGCAGUCAAAAUGCUUUGGGCUUUUGGUUCGAUGAGCAACAUGGUAUUAAUAAUGAUCAUCAUGAGCUUAUAGAUUAUAAGAGUCAAUGUAGCAAUGAUGAUCUUUUGGCCACUCUUGCUUGCUUAAUCGCUCUAAAAACUUGGGAGAUCAAUGGUUUCUCUCAUAGAAUAAACAAAGGGCAGAGAUUUCUCCGAGACAACAUGGAUAAAGAAUUGAUGAAUAUGAGAAAGAGAGAAGAGCGUGGUGACAAAGUUGGGAAUGCUCAGUUUCGAAGGUGGGUUUUAAUGGCUGAGCUUGCAUUGGUUGAAGACAUGAUUGAGAAGGAAAGACUUGUGAUGAGAGAUAUUGCAUUUGAAAACUAUGGCUCCACACUACUUUUGCGAUCUCCAUCAGUGACCGCUUGUGCUUACAUGAUUACUGGAGAUUGGACUUACAAAUCUUACCUUCAACGCUUGCUUACCAAUUGCCAACACGGAGUUCCUCCCAUGUUCUCAAUGGACAAAGAUUUUAUGAUGCUUUGCGUGGUUGAUCACUUGGAGAGGCUUGGAUGUGCGGAGCAUUUCUCUGAAGAAAUCAAGCAUACGAUGGAUCACUUAUACGGAAAAUGGAUUGAAGAAGAAUCAAAAGUUUCAAAGAAAGAUGAUGAUGUAUUUCAAAUCUACAAUGAUUCCUUAGCUUUUCGACUAUUAAGGAUGCAUGGCUAUCCAGUUUCUCCAAGAAGGUUUUGUUGGUUCAUUGAUGAUGAGAAAAUGCUAUCACAUAUGAAAGAUAACUAUGCCUUCUUUUUAGGCCCCAUGCUUAGCAUUUACAAAGCAUCACAUAUUGCUUUUUUGGAGGAUCAUGAUCUUGAUAAGGCUGGAGUGUUCUCUAUGCACAUCUUGCAGAAGGGACUCAUGAGCAUGAAAUCCCAAAAUGAAACCAAUAUUUCAUAUUCAUCAAAGAAAUUUGAACAAGAGAUUGAGCAUGAGUUAGAGCUUACAUGGCUAGCACGAAUGGAUCAUUUGGAGCAUAGAUUGUACAUUGAAAGAGGAGGGAUCUACAACUUCUGGGUAGGAAAGAAUGCACCCUAUAGGAUCUUACAAAAUAAUGACCUCCUCCAACUUGCUAUUGAUAGUUUUAUGAUGAGGCAAUCAACAUAUAGAAAGGAGCUGCAUGAAUUACAGAGGUGGUCUAAGGAUACUGGUCUCUCCAUGAUGGGAUUUGGUAGAGAGAAGACAACAUACUGCUAUUUUGCCAUGGCUUCUUCAAGUUGUCUCCCUCUUGACAUAGAUUCAAGGAAGGAAGCAACAAAAUGUGCAAUCUUGAUACAGUUGCAGAUGAUUUCUUUGAUGAGAAAGGCUCAAUGCAUGAAUUAUCCAUCCUAA